GGGCCGGGAGGCCGGCAGCCUCCGGCUCUGGCGGCGGCGGUGGGAUCAGGUGACGGGGCCGGGCCGCUCCGCUUCCUCCUCCUCGCCCUCCUGCUCCUCGUCCUCGUCGUCGUCGUCGCCCUGCUCCGGCCCCGGGCCCGCAGCGCGGCCUGGCCUCCGAGGCGGGCCCAUGGACAGGCCGGGCCCGGGCCCGGGCCCAGGUGCUGCUGCUGAUGCUGCUGGUGGUGGUGGUGGCGGGGGGCCUCGGGGGCCCGUCCUGCACAUCGUGGUGGUGGGCUUCCAUCACAAGAAGGGCUGCCAGGUUGAAUUCUCCUAUCCUCCUCUGAUCACAGGAGAGGGACAUGACAGCCACGCUCUACCAGAAGAAUGGAAAUAUUUACCUUUCCUUGCCUUGCCUGAUGGAGCUCACAACUAUCAGGAAGAUACCGUGUUUUUCCACUUGCCACCCAGAAACGGAAGUCGAACAACGGUAUAUGGCGUUUCUUGCUACAGGCAGAUAGAAGCCAAGACGCUGAAAGUACGGCAAGCAGAUGUCACCCGAGAAACUGUUCAAAAGAGUGUCUGCGUGUUAAGCCAGCUGCCUCUCUACGGAUUGCUCCAAGCAAAACUUCAACUCAUUACACAUGCCUAUUUUGAAGAAAAGGAUUUUUCCCAAAUUUCAAUACUCAAGGAGCUCUACGAGCAUAUGAACAGAUCCUUGGGAGGCACUUCACUAGAAGGGUCCCAAGUGUACCUUGGCCUCUCUCCACGAGAUCUCGUUCUUCAAUUUCGACACAAGGUCUUAAUCCUGUUUAAGCUGAUUCUCCUGGAGAAAAAGAUUCUGUUUUACAUUUCACCAGUGAAAAAAUUGGUGGGAGCUCUGAUGACUGUGCUGUCCCUUUUCCCUGGCAUGAUCGAGCACGGUCUUACUGACUGCUCCCAGUACAGACCUCGGAAAAGCAUAUCGGAGGAGACCGGCGUUCCCCAAGUCACACCCCCGGCCGUUGACUGCAUUUUGGCGUCCGCCGCUGACAUUUCAAGUAGGACCUCAGAGCCGGGCGAGAAAAAGCCUGCAGGACAAGAAGGAGGGGAUGCUCCCAAGGGAGCAGCUAAAGCUGGCAGUGGAGUCCCUGACCCUGCCCAGCAUUUGAAGCCUCCUUCCCGCACGUCCCCCGAGUCCUCAGAAAGUGACUGGGAGACUCUGGAUCCCAGCGUCCUGGAAGACGCCAACUCCAAAGGAAGGGAACGAGAAAACGCUGAAUUGGAAAAGACCAGCUUCUUUCCAAGAGACUCCGGGAUCUCAGCAAGCCCUCCAAUUACGGUGCAGCCCCAAGCCAACUCGGGGCAGGGGGUCCUCGUCCCGGGACUGAUAUCGGGUUUGGAGGAGGACCUCUAUGGCAUGCCCCUGGCCGUCUUUACCAAGGGCUAUCUCUGUUUGCCGUACAUGGCAUUGCAGCAGCAUCACCUCCUCUCCGACGUGACCGUCCGGGGAUUUGUUGCGGGAGCCACCAACAUCCUGUUUCGGCAACAGAAGCACCUAAGUGAUGCCAUUGUGGAAGUGGAGGAUGCCCUCGUCCAGAUCCACGACCCAGAGCUGAGGAAGAUCCUGAAUCCCACGACGGCCGACCUGAGGUUCGCCGACUACCUGGUGAAACACGUGACCGACAACCGGGACGACGUGUUCCUGGACGGCACCGGCUGGGAGGGGGGGGACGAGUGGAUCCGGGCCCAGUUCGCCGUCUACGUUCACGCGCUGCUCGCCGCCUCUCUGCAGCUGGACAACGAAAAGUUGCUGUCAGACUACGGGACCACCUUUGUGGCAACGUGGAGGAAUACACACAACUACAGGGUGUGGAACAGCAACAAGCAUCCAGCCCUCGCAGAAGUAAAUCCUAGCCAUCCCUUUCAGGGCCAGUACUCGGUAUCAGACGUGAAGUUAAGAUUCUCACACUCCGUUCAAAACAGCGAGCGAGGCAAGAGGAUUGGAAACGCCAUGGUCGUGACCAGCCGCAAUGUGGUACAGACGGGAAAAGCCGUGGGCCAGUCCGUAGGUGGGGCCUUCACCAGUGCGAAGACAGUCAUGUCCUCCUGGCUCUCCACCUUCACCCAGCCCGCGCCCGGAGGCCUGCCCGAUCCCCGGGAUGGGAAGCACUGAGCGGCUGCCGUUCGCACUGAGGUGCCGCGCUCCAUCGCGUCCGUCCGCCGGGCCCCGGCUCUCGAAACUCUCGCCGACGGGUCGCGCCGUUUUCCAGGCGGCCUCCCCGAGCGUUGGACCGUCGCCCUCGAUUCGGGGCGGCCCGAGCGAAGGUGGCCGGCGCCGAGAGGCGACAGCCCGGCCCCAGCAGGGUGGCUGAACCCGGGGGGCGGGGGGGGGAGUCGGGUCUAAAUCCCGUCCAUCUGAGCCCCCGCCGCCAAAAUGGGGAGCGGACCUCGGGACCAGCUGGAUUUUGUACAGUUCCUCGGCUGGAGGAGUCGUGUAUGUAAAUUAGAGUUCUAUUUUCCGUUCGAUCUGUGGUCGUUCGUGUUUGUGAGGAAUAAGCUGUUAUCGCUCCGUUGAUUUCUCACGGAAACCGGCCCCGCCCAGAUGCUUGUAAAGUCAGCGCGGGAAGGUCCCGGCGGGUCUUUAUUGUGGUUGACUGUAUUUUCCGCCGCAAGCUAAUUCAGGUACAGGUUGAGGUUAGGGUUCGUGGGGAUGGCUUUCCCCGUUUUGGCUUUCUAAUCUAGUCGGUGCGGCCCCUUUCUUCCCAGUGGGGACCGCCUACCUGCGAGGUGGUGGAGGAAGUAAUCGCCCAAUCCGUGUGACCCCGUGAGAACUUGCCCUACAUUCCGUAAUUCCUACAUUCCUCCUCCCCGCCAUUGGGCCGAAGGAAGGGAGACGCUGGAACCGUAUCCGGGAAUGGAUCUGUGGAGUUGGGUGUUUUCCAAGAUCCCGGAUGUGCUGUCUGUGCCUUUUCAACCCAUCCCCCGGAAUCUUAAUAGUAUCUGUCCGUACCUUCCAGUUCCUCUUUCGGAGCGUUUUUCUUUGGAUGCUUUAGUCCGGGCUGUUGUUCCUCCCGGGGCAGCGUCCUUCUAGCCUCACUCCAGAUAGAUGCCCGACCCGAGUCAGUUCCUCCCUCAUCAAGGAGACCAGAUCUAAAAAGGAAGAGAAAACAAGAUGGGAAAGAGCAGAAUCCCCCACCAGGCUUCCAUGCCCCAGCUGACGGAUAACGCCGACUUUCCAAGUAAAGCGGGGAAUCGAAUACCGCGGCCGUUUCUCGGAAGCCCUGCCUCAGGAAACGCUGCCUGUGGGAUUACAGUUGACCUAAGCAAUCGGCGGGGAUGUCCGUGGGCUGACUCUCCCGGCCGCUGGCCCUGAAAUGCUUCCAGGAGUGAAAUGGCCAGCUGCCUCCCUCCCGCGCCAGCACCGGCUGACCUUUGGUGUCCCCGGAGCGUACCUUAUGACUUUUAAAGUCGCUUUUCCCACCACAGGUGUCCAUGACAAAGGGCACGGCAAGGAUAAAAUUAAGCUGGAAGUAACGGAAUGGGUGAGCGCGGGCGCGAUCCAAGAUCGGAAGACCGCUCCCACGGCCCUUGCAAGAAAAGGGUGCGAGAGAGUGAGCCUGUCUUUUCCCCACCUCUUUCCCUCCCUCUCCUUUCUCCCUUCCUCUUCCCUCACUCUCCGCCCCUCGUCUCCCUCCCCCAGCAUCCACGAGAACUCUCCGUAGGUUUCCUCCCGAAGAUGGACUCACCCUCAGACCCCUAGCUGGGAAGGGAGCAGAGCCAAACUACUCAGUUCAGAAGCUGGAGUGUCGUCACACCAACCUGGAAUUCCCUAGAGACAACCUCCAGCUCAAAUGGUGGAAAAGAAAUUACUUCAAAGACUGGGCCAGAAAGAAUUUCCCUAGGUCCUGCUGUCUCCUUGGGGCGGGAACUUUUCUUCGAAGAGCUCAAGCGAGAGGGGCGAUUAGGGGCGAUUUCCUCCCCAGGAAAUGGCUUGCGGAGCGUGAACCAACUAAACCACCCCAAAAAAGCUCUUGAAACAAAUUCAGCGAGAGAGGCUGGGGCCAGGGCCCGGAAAUUUCAACCAAACUCUUAUCGGGGCUGUGGCGUUCCACCUACCCCUAAAAGUAGCCACAGUUCAACCGGGCUGCUGCAGGAGGGUGUUCUGGCUGCUGCUAUUUUUUAAAAAGGAACCGAGAUGGCGCGGGUUGGGGGGCGUGCGUCAUGCUUUGCCGUUAGCUUUGCGCCACUUUCACAGAAAAUGUUCCUCCGCCACUCGGUCGGGGGCUGCGUUUGGGUGCUGACCUAAAUAUCUUUAUAGGCGUAGCACUGCUCUCCUGUAGUAACCCCUCUACCCUAAGAGUGUGCCGGAAUUCUGUUUUCAGGAUCCACCAUUGGUGAAUUUUCCACUUUCUUCCACUUUGGGGAACUUCUGUUCCUAGUAGGAAAGGGGUCAUUUCCUUUCUCCAGAGCCCGGGAGUUCAGAGGAAGUAGAGCGACACCCGGACUCUCUGGAGAUGCCUCAACCACAGUGGUGACUGGGAAGGGAGAGGUAAAGGACCCACCCCACUUUCAGGUAGUGUCACAGAAAGCGAUCUCCUACGAGGAGGUGUCUCUUCCCUUCCGUCUAGGCGAAGGCUAGGAGGAGGCAUCGAUUUGGCCCAAGUCUUGGCCAAGCGGCCCGGUUACCACCCACGGUCCUUGGAAGGGUCGAAUGCCCAGCCCCGAAGAGAGCUCCCGGCCUCUCAGACGGAGGCGCGGAACGAACCUUAGCGACUGGAUUGCGUCCCGUGUCCGGUCUCUCCCCCGGGGCCGGCUAGACCCUUAUCUCCUUCUCUGAAAAGGCGAAAAGAAGCGCUCUUAAGCAGAGGAGGUGCGGGUGUGCUUUUUAAGAGCUGAUGAAGCAAGUCACGCUUCUGAGGAAGUUCCACUUGGCUUUUCAUUACAGCCUCUUCCUUUGAAAGUGUCCCCGCCAGAGUAGGAGCCUCCGAAUUCAACCCGAACGCCCCCCUUGACUGACCUCUGAUUGAGACCAGGGAUUCGCCGUGCCACCUGUGUGAUCCCGGGAAUCACUCCAACUUGCCCUAGCAGGGUCGGGGGGACGGGUAGCUCCUUUGGGAACUUCCUUCGUUCAAGGGAGGCAGAGGGAGCGUAGCCAGCAACGGGUCGUCCAUCUCCUGGGGUGGGGUUCUCCGCGUAUUUGGUCCGGUCUUCAGCGUUUCAGAGACCUCAGUCUACCGGUCAGAGAGAAGGCAUCUUACUGCCCUUUCCACCCCGGGCCCUCUGGGAGAAAGACGUCGGGCCCCGGGUGGCCAUUCUUUCAUCUUUCAUUCCAAAUCUAGACAUUUCACAUUCUACGGUUAUCGGUCAGACGGAGGAAAGGAACCGGUUUCUGCCUACGUAGAACUUCGCUGUACAAGUGACGCACUCUGUCCCUCGCGAAGGAGACGCUAACCCGCUUGGGCAGCGCGUGCAGAGGGGUCGGAGCCGUCGCUAAAACUUUCUCGCCUACGUGUUGCCGUGCCGUUCCCAAGCUUGCCUCUCUGCAAUACCGUCUCAAUAAAAGAAUAGAGCCUGUUUCGGUCACGGAACAGAGCACCUCUGUGGUUCCUUUAACUUCAUUUGUGAUCGUUCUGUUGCUUGUGUGGCCACUCGGACUUGUUUUGGUGCCGUAUCUUCCUCCGGACGUCGAGAGGCAGAUUUCUGAACUGCAACGUGUCACAAAACUGGAAUUGUUUUCAAUUUUGAAGAAGUGCGACAUUUCAGAAACGGACAAACUGGACGAAGAAGUGAAGCUGUCGUUCGUCUUUCUGAUGCCUGGGCCGCCGUUGCCAAGUUCGGGAAGAACCGGAGUGAAUUUUGCAAAUCGUGAGUGCUUUAACAUGUGAGAUGAAAAACUCCCCCAGAACACAUGUGCUGAGGAAAUCACUGCCAUGGUACAUGUAUGAUCGGAAAGACUUGAUUUUUCUCUGCUGCUAGGUUUUAUCGUCUGAGCUGGUGGUUUGAUGUUUUCUAAGUGGCUUGGAUAAAUGUAUUUUGAAACUGUAAAUCAGGUUGUCUAAUCAUACUGAAUUGAAAUGCUUCUACUGUAUCUUUUUAGUGUAAAGACCAAGUAAAGAGAAUUAAACUGCCCUGCUCUUGU